CCAUGGCUGCUGCUUCUCUACGCUCGAUAGAGUGGGAAAAAAGCAUGGCGAUUUGGCGUCGGAUCCGGCCGGUUGUCAUCGAUCCUCUCUACCACUACCAAACGAGAUGCCUCUCCUAUCUCGCCGGAGCUCCACUGCUGAACCGCGCUUGUGGACGGCGGCGAUCGAGUGUCGUGGAGAAACCCCUCUGCUUAUCACCCGCCCUGGAAUCCAGCUUCAUUUCCGUUCGAUCCUUCGCUGCUCCCGUUCAGGCUAAGCCGAAACCUAAAUUUAGUAUGAAUUCCUCGGCUGGGCCUCGCUUGAAUGACACUAUCACUGCCCCUUUUGUCCGGGUUGUCAGUGACGAAGGGCAUUGUAUUGUCUCAAGGCUGGAGGCACUUGAUCGUGCAAAAAAGCUCAAUCUUGACUUAGUUGAGGUUCAAAGACAUGCAAAUCCACCUGUUUGCAAGAUCAUGGAUUUCUAUAAGGAAAAGUUCAGACAAGAAGUAAAAGUAAAGGAACGUGUCAAAAGCAAGGUUGCUUUGCGCAAUGGUGAGAACAAAGAAAUACGCUUUACACCAAAAACUGACUUAAAAGACCUUAAAAUGAAAGCAGACACAAUCACGAGACUAAUGGAGCGUGGUUACAGGGUGAAGUGUACAGCUAUGCCUGCUGGAAGAGAAAAUGAAGGUUUGCCAGACAUUCUAUCAAAAGUUUUAGCGCUGAUUGAAGAUGUCUCUAUUGUGGAGAGUGGUCCACAUGCUGAGGCAAGCAAAGCUUAUGUGAUUGUCAGGCAUGUUAAGUUUGCAGCAAAGAAAUCUGGAAAGAAAGUCAGCGAGGUUUUAGAAGCUGCAAGUAAAGGAGUUCCUAGUACCAAACAAUCGGGCCAGGAUGAUACUUCAUCCCAAGAUGAAGAAGAAUGGGAAACAGUUGAUGACAGUUCAGCAAUUGAGGUUGAGGACUUCAAUGAUCAGAUUGAAGCCAAAGCCCAGUCUUUCUCUAGUGUACCUCACACCUCCGAAAGCUCACCAAGCAGAAACUUCAGUAAGGAACUUGGCUUAUCUGGAUUUAAAGAAAAGGAUUUCAACAGAAUGACUGAUCCCAAUUCCAUUAGAAACAGUAAACUUGCUGGUUUUAAUCAAAACACCAACACUCCCCGUCCUGCAGAUAGAUCUACAGAACCUUCUGUCGUGGAAACCAAUAGGUAUGCUAGACAGACUGAUCCCAAUGGGAGGUUCAAUCAGGUAAAACCAACACCUAGAAGAGCCAGUACAGAAAACCCCGUCUUUAAUCAGGGAAGACAGCAACCUCCCAGAAACACGAGCGAAGGACAAGUUCAAUUUGAUCCAAGGCAAAGACAGCCUAGCCCGAGGAAUCCCCAAGUUCAAUCUGAUCCAAGGCAAAGACAGUCUAACCCAACCGAUCCUGUUAUUCCAUCUCCGCGUUAUGGAGUAUUCAUGUCUUCAAAAACUGCUAGUUCAAGUGAUGCAACAGUAAGUGAGCCCAACAAUUCAUCAAAACCAAGUUAUGGUAUAUUCAGCGGUCAGAAGGUUUCUGCUAAUCAGGGCAUUCAAAAUCAGGGAAAGCUUGGUGAAACUAACUCAUCACCGCGGAGCUAUGGAAUUUUUAGUGCAGGCACAAACAUUGCCUCUGCUGAGAAGAAGAACCCGGCAGAUGCUACUGCAGAUAAACCCGGAAAUUUCAAUGCUGGUAGAACUAGCUUCGGAAUAUUUAGCGAGCCAAAUCGUGCCGCAUCUAGUGAUCAAAGGAAUACCAAAGAUGCAAAUAAUCCUAAUCCAUCACCUCCGAGGUUUGGAAUUUUCAGCAGUUCUAGUGAUCAAAGGAAUUAACGACGAUUAAUCUCUGUUUUUACUGAAUCAAUCCAUCAUUCAAACUAUUUCGGCUGUCGAUCAAGGUUAGAUCUUUGAGACUAUCAAGAUACCAUAACUUGUUAUGAGUUUGAAUUUAAUCAAUAGGGAAAGCCUCUGCAACCAGCCACAGAACCUUGUUUGGUUCACAAAGGUACCAUUUUUGAAAUCCAAAUAAACUGUCAAUUUCUAACAAUUUCUAUGGAGAUCUUGUAGGCAAUUUUUGGGCCUAAUAUAACAAGCAUGUUUUCUUUUUC